AAAAGUUUCGAUAAAAACUUUUACUUCAUUGUAAAUCGGUUUAUUGCACGUACAAAUAUGAAGAACACGAAUUGCUUCAAUAAAUAAUAGUAUCGACGUUUCACUGUGUCAUAAAUUAUAACUCAUAAGUAGAUACAUUCUGUUUGUCUUUAGCAUACAUUUUCCAUGUGUGAAUGCCUAAUAGUUACAUAAAUCAAGUUCAGUCAUAAAUCAUUGCGAUAAAUGGGAACAUUACAUUUCUCCGAGUCCUCGAUAAAUAUAUAGACGUCUACCAUUUUAAUAAUCCAUCGAAGAACAUCGGUCGUUCGAAGUCCGUGUCGAUUGUUUAAAACUUUCCAGAUUCGAGAGCAACGAGAAAGCCUGCGAUCUCUGCCAAGAAAAGUUUCACUUCGUGACCAGACUGGUGGCGCAUUUGAGGAUCGUUCACGGUAUUCACAGGCCAUUCAAAUGCGUCACCUGUGGGAAAUCGUAUCCACAGCAAUUUAUGCUGAACGCUCACGUGAAAAAGUCCCACACGCCGAAGACGAUACCCUGCGUCCAGUGCAGCUUCAUGGGGGUGAACGCCAUCGACGUAGAGAGACACGCGAAGAGACACCAUCGUGAAGUGAAGUUCACCUGCGAAAUUUGCAGCGAGAGCUUCGUGGACAAGGACUCCCUAAUGACGCACACGACCAUGCACAACUUUAUGCAGUAUCAACAGUGCAACGCGUGUGGCAGCAUAUUCAACGAUGUUUAUAGUUUAAAGGAGCACAAUCAACUGUACCACUACGACCCGUCGUUGUUGGUGCAAGAGAAGCUCGAGGAGGGGGACCAGCAGGCUUUGGCGCAUAAAUGCGACGUCUGCGGUAAAGUGUACAAGUACAAGUCCGUGCUGAAGCAGCACAAAGUGAAGGCUCACGGAGACACGCCGAGCUACGAGAGACGCAGGUACUUGUGCGCCCUUUGCGGCAAGGAACUGAAGACCGCGAAGGGCCUGGAGAUCCAUAAUCGUUCGCACACGGGCGAAAAACCGUACACGUGCGAGGUAUGCGGCAAGUGUUUCGCCUGCGAGACCUUGCUAAGGACCCACAACGUCACCCACACCGGAGAACGGAAGUACUCGUGCGAUCAGUGCGGCAAGGCGUUCACCCAGAGAUCGACCCUGGUGGUUCACAAACGCUACCACACGGGCGAACGACCGUACGUUUGCCAGCGUUGCGAGAAAGGCUUUGUGACCAGGACUGUUUUGAACACUCACAUGAAAUCCUGUCGCUGAGGAACGAGUCUGGAAGUGGAAAGAACUGAUGAGCAAACUUCCACAUCGAGGGAGGAGUUAGUUAAUUGAGGAUAGAUUUUCUUGAUUUCAUUUUUAUGAGCUUAGAGAAAAUAAGAAGACUUUCAGAGAAGCUUUCAAUCAAAAUCAACGUUUCAGCUACGUUGUGGCCUUCUUCUGGUUACAUUUUAUUGCAAUUUCUUUUUUUAAUUUAUUGAGUAUUAUCCCAAGGUUGUCAAGGUAAGAACGUGUAAAUGAAUGUAAGACUUCUACAGAUGCAAUUCAUCACGCAGAAGCAGUAACACCUUGCAAGACAGGUAACUGAUACUCUUCAGGCGCUGGUUUAUCUUAUCUUCCAUCGUACGAUCUUGCUGACUGCAUGCAAAUAGUUCCAUUGAUAUAUUGGACACUUAGUAUCCUACUUUUUGCGAGAACAGAUGAACUAGGACACGAAAGCAUUUAGAACACAUAAAUAAAGUCAUACUUCGUGGUUAAUAGCGAUAUAAGUGAUGAUCCUUGCACAUGCGAAAUCAGGACAACCCUUGGAGAUAAAGUUAUAAACCCGAGGUGAAUUACCCGUUGAAGCGUCGAAAUCGAUCGCUUUAAAGACGACAGCUUUCGUUGAGUUCUAUUCAGGGGUUUAUUUCUUUCAACGUAGUGUACGAAUAUUUCUUUCGUGUAAAAUAGGAUCAGCGAGACUAAAAAUCAUACCAGUGCUAAGAAAAUCAUUUUCGAAACUCCUUUGCACUGGAUCGAGCCAUAAACAUCGAAACUGUGCUAUUACUCUAUACAUAUAAGAAUCAUUUCUUAAUAGCCAACGUAUCUUUAUUUUUAUUGUAUCUCAAGGUGGACAAAAUUUAUAAGCAAAAUAACCAAACAAUAAAUAACUGAGAUUAAAUUUCCA